AUGGUCUACGCGCAGCUUAACCUACAGACAGAGCGCGUCAAGUGCGUGGUUUUUCACCCAAAGCGUCCAUGGGUUAUUUUUUCGUGCCAAAACGGCGUUGUCGAGCUUUGGGAUUAUGUGACCAAGGCUCUCAUCGACAAGUUCCGUGCCCACAACUCUCCUGUUCGCUGCAUCGACUUUCACCCAACUCAACCACUCUUUGUUACGGGAGGAGAUGAUGCGACGAUUAAGCUCUGGUCGUUGAGCGAUCGUAAGCUUCUCUAUGUCUUCACGGGUCACACAGACUACGUUCGCAGCGUGUUUUUCCACCCAGACAUCCAUCCGUACAUUCUCUCUGCAUCAGACGACAACACUGCGCGAAUUUGGAACUGGCAGAGUCGCCAAAGAGUUGCAGACCUAGUUGGUCACCGCGACUUGGUCAUGUGCGCCCGCUGGCAUCCCACAGAAGACCUAAUUGUUACUGCGUCUAUGGAUGCCACCGUCCGUGUGUGGGACAUUAGCUCUAUUCGAACGAAGGGGGCUACAGGCAGAUUCCAGCAGCUAGCAAUGCAAGCUCUCUCCUUGCCUCAUACCAUAAUUAGUAGUUCUGUGGUAGGCACAGGCCAUGGCAGAGGCGUUAACUGGGUCUCAUGGAUGCCAGACGCCGGCAACUACUUCCUUUCGGGGUCUGACGAUACUAAGUGCAAGCUUUGGCAUCUGACUCGUGGCAGCUCUACUGGCCUUUCAUUGCUGGGACCUGAUGCUCUUCUUUAUUGCUCCUCUACCAUAGAAAAGCACACGGGUAACGUUUCUGUAGUUGAACCAUCAGUAAGGAACGUCAUUCUUACUGCCGGUGUCGAUGGUAGGCUUUGUCUCUUCUCAUUGUCCAAUCGUGCUUAUAUAGGUAGCAUUACGGUGCACGACCUGGAUCCGACAGCAACCGUAUCAAGCCUCGCCCCAUCUGAUCAUAAGAUGUUACGCUGGUGGUCCCUUCGAGAACAUCCGACCAUCAAUAUGUGGGCCGCAGGACAUGACGGUGGCUUAUGCAUAUUCUCCACACAACUGGAAGAGUCAGUAGGAACAGUGGAGGGGGACACAUGUUACUUCAUCGAUUCUCAUAAGCUCAUCUCGACAAAUCUGAAAGCCAUUGUCGCUGAUGCUAGCACAAAGCCAACUGUCAAGGUUGAGGCUUCUCUUAUCAAACAAACUGCCAGGAGCGGUGCAUUCGGCUCAUCUGUCGUUGUGGUAGAGCCAGUGGAUAUCAUAGUUAUGGGAAACCCGUUUCCCUUCAUAGUCUCGUACUGGGACGGAAAGAACAGGUUCAUUGUGCCGUACGCAACCUUGAAAGACUGCUCUCCAAGCAGCUAUGAUCCGAAAAAUGUUAUAGAAGUCUCUAGCAAUGUGGCCAGACUAUCUGCCUCACACGUGGCGUGGAUACAACGGUCUAGUGAAGGCCUAGUUCUCGCUGUUGCCUUUGUGGGUACAGGGGGGCUGACAAUUAAGACUAUGCACCCUGUUUCUUCCACAGUCCUCUCUGUCUUCCCAGGAAGAACGGAGUCUGAAGUUAUCAUUUCCUCUCCAACGAAGCUAUCUCUUUACACCUUGAGCAAUCUUUCGACAAACCAGCCUAUUGUCCUACUCAAGUCGCUAUCUGUUCCUCAGUUAAUUCAGCACGCUUACUACUCUAAUGACCAACAAUAUCUCGCAGUGGUAGCUCACGAGUUCGUGGCUCUUAUCAAUAUGGAUACGUUUACUAUUAAUACGUCUCAAAUGUCGCAUACUGCGAUAAGUCGCGGGGUAUGGGGGCUUAUUGGCCGUGGACUGGAGGAGUCUGAGCAGCGCACCGCCAAUGCUUUUAUCUACUCCACCUAUACGCACAUAUGUUAUAUGUUGCCAUUCAUCUCACCAACUGCUUCGGAAGCAAAUCGACUAGCCGCCCAUACUCAAAAGAUAUCUAGGGUGACUAAGCCUAUUGCUGGGAUUCUGACGUCGCUCAAUAGGCCUAUUUGCAUAGUCUCUGCAUCCGGCCAGGUCAUUGUUUACUUGGAUAGGCACGAAGGGCUAAAGUGCAUUGAGUUUGACUCCAGGGUUGCAGGACUGGUCCAGGCUGUUGCGUCUGGCAGAGCGGACGACGCCUCGAUCAUGCUGGCUCGGUUACAGAACACUCCCCUGGGGCUGUCUCUCUCAAAGACUUUGCUGGAUAUGAAUAGGCCUGACUUGGCUCUCGCCGCGCUCCCUAAAGAUGAGAUACAGAUCCGUGACGAGCUUGCUCUUAACUUGGGUCUUCUGGACCAUGUCUGUCAUGACACAAAGUCUCAAUCUGCCAAUAGCUACCACAUUUGGCUUCGUAUUUUUGCAGAGUCUCUUGCCCAAGGACAGGGCCUCAUCGCCAGGGACGCCCUUCUAAAAAUAGCUCGCAUAGACCUCUUAGGCUUUCUGCUGUCUCUAUAUAAUACUACGCUAUCUGGGUCGCUAAGCAAGCUGGACUAUAGUCGCCUAUCUACUUCUUCGAGCAUUCAAGAAUGUCUGAACGCUGCAGUAUUAGUAGGGGACAAAUCCCUGUUCCACUCGACUCUGCUUCGCGCCGGGCUCUCAAUUCCUGCUAAGAUAUUUGGGGAGGCUAAUGGGAUAGACACUCCCGUGGAGCAGGCGAGCGCACCACCUGUUUCCCCAACAAAGACGAUUUCUAUAGGCAAAAAGAUCACCGUGCCCUUACGCAAGGGAAGCUUGCGAAACUACCCCACCACCUCUUUACUUAAUACAUACGAGUCUCUUAUGCGAGAGAUUGCCUCUGCCGCCGAGCAUGAACUUCCAGCUGAAGGAAAGCGCUACCAAGGAUGGGGCAGUGACGAUGACGACGUUGACUGCGUGUUGCCGGCUGAGCCGGUUAAGGGCUCCGUACAGAUGACUUCGGGACCAUCUGAGCCACUGGAUGCAACUCAGGCAUCUGAGGCAGCUGCCGAUUCUGCAAUUGUAGUUCCUUCUCAUGGAGUCAACGUAGUUUCAAAGCAUCCUCUUCUUGGCAGCAAUAGUGAAAAGGAGGAAUUCCUUGCCUCCAAUGGCAUUUUGUCAGAGAAGUCGCUAUCCAUUCUAAAGCCUCAUAUUGACAAGCUUGCUUCGCAUAACAAGAGGCUGCAAGAGGUCACCCCCAUGAAGGGACUAUCUAUAGUUGUUCCCAUCUCAGAUUCAUUGAGUAGUGUAGACACGAUAGAUACUAUGCAGCGAGAAUUUAGCUCGAUAAUGGAAAAGGUUGAUACAGGUGCAUUCGCAGAUGCACUGGCUCCUCUGAGGUCGCUCCUACAACGAGCUCUUCUAGCCUGCACCUUUGCAGGGCCAAAUGACCACGAUGACCUUUCUACCCUUGUGCUCAAUAGCACGCUGUAUAUAUUGGCGUUAUCCUGUGAGCUGGAGCGGCGCGCAACCGAGAAGGUUGCUACUCCGGAGCGUGUGUGCGAACUUUAUGUGCUUUUCUCCCUUCAGAAUAUGAAGACAAACCACGCGCUGUUGGCAUUGCGCUUGGCUAUAAGCGGUACAAAGCGGUACGGCGCGUAUUCGCACUGCAAACAGCUAGCCCAACGAUUCAUUCAAUUAAGCCAGCUUCCUGAGGCGCGUUCUCUGGAUGUCUGCCAAUCCUACUUACCCAAGGCAAAGAAGAUGGCUGCAUUAGAGGAUGAGGAUGUGGUGCAACUGAGCUUCAGUGCUGCCGAUCAGGACACGGUCAUGCUCUGCGCCGUUUCAUACAAAAGCAUCAAGGGACCCCACUGUAUUUGUAGCGCCUGUAAGACGUGUGCAUGCGAUCAAUAUCUAAAGGCCAGUUGCCCUGUCUGCGAGCUUGGCACCUUUGUGAAGGCCUAA